AGGGCUCGGCGCAGGCGCGGUGCGGCGCGGCUCCUCCCCAGCCUCGCAGUCAUCCCGGGCCGAGCGGAGCCGAGAGAGAGGCAGAGAGUGUGUGUGUGUGUGUGAGAGACACACACAGAGCGAGAGAGAGAGAGAGGGGGAAGCGGCCGCCGCGUCCCAGAGCCACAGGCCGCGGCCCGAGAGAGAGGGAGAGGGCGGGACAGCCAGAGACAGACCGGGAGAGAGAGAGAGAGAGAGAGCGAGCGACCGCCGCACUAAUGGAGGCCAUCGCCAAGUACGACUUCAAAGCCACCGCCGAGGACGAGCUGAGCUUCAAGCGGGGGGAUGUGCUGAAGGUUUUAAAUGAGGAAUGCGAUCAGAACUGGUACAAGGCUGAAUUAAAUGGAAAAGACGGCUUCAUCCCCAAGAAUUACAUUGAAAUGAAACCACACCCGUGGUUCUUUGGCAAAAUCUCCAGAGCAAAGGCAGAGGAACUCCUCAGCAAGCAGAGACAUGACGGUGCGUUCCUGAUCCGGGAAAGUGAAAGUGCUCCCGGGGACUUUUCACUUUCAGUCAAGUUUGGGAAUGAUGUACAGCAUUUCAAAGUACUGCGGGAUGGAGCUGGAAAGUACUUUUUGUGGGUAGUAAAGUUUAACUCUCUGAAUGAGCUGGUGGACUAUCACAGAUCCACAUCAGUCUCUCGGAACCAGCAGAUCUUCCUGCGUGACAUUGAACAGGUUCCACAGCAACCCACAUACGUACAGGCACUGUUCGACUUUGACCCACAAGAGGACGGGGAGCUUGGAUUUCGCCGUGGAGAUUUCAUCCAAGUGCUUGAUAACUCAGACCCCAACUGGUGGAAGGGUGCUUGCCACGCGCAGACCGGCAUGUUCCCUCGCAAUUACGUUACCCCUGUCAACAGAAAUAUCUGAUGGAAAGCAGUCCAGAGUGGAGAUACUGAAAACUCUCAAUCCCGUGAACUUUGCAAUCUGUAUGGAACUUCAAACUAGAGCGCCAAACAAAUUUUAAAAAAAAGCUGAGCGGUUUUACAAUAGACUCCCACAGCUGGUCCCUUUCUCUCCUCCCCUGUCAGUCUGUGCAUGAGUUAAUUCCAUUACUCUAAUCCUGUUGUAGAAUUUAAUGUUUUUUUUCCCUAUGCAAUGUUGGAUAUUCUUAUCAGCAAUGUAACAGACCAGAGGUCAGUAACGCUUUCUUUGCCUUGGGUCUUUAAAGAAAAAUCAGUCUUGGCCUUUGUGCAUUCGGAUACAGAAUUCUUGCUUUUAUUUUUGUUGUUUUUGUAAAAAAUUAUGUUGAUUAGCUUGUCCUAAUUUCCUUUUAACAGCUAGCAGCUAUAGGAAAUGUGUAUAAAUUGUCAGAUGACUUGUAAUUUUAAAGAAUAACCCAACUUGCUUUUAACAACGGCAUGUUUAGGGUUUAAAGAUGAGGUUGGCUUAUGGUCUUAAAGGUGUAUGGCUGAGCACUUUCUGAAUUUUGUCUUCAUAGUGCCUUUAAUUUUUGUCUUUGGUUCUGUUAAAUCCACCAUGCACAAUCCAGAUGCAACUUUUUCUCUCUUGAUUCUGCUCUGGCUGAUUCAGGCACAAACCUAUUGAGUUUCAACCCCUAAGUAGGUCUUAGGGGUGGAAUUAACAGAGGAAACAUUUUUUAAUCAACUUUUAUUCUGUCCUUAUUUACUGCAUAUGUCCAGCAUGAUUGCUCAAUCCACACUAAGGCUUUGAUCUAGUUAAAUGCUCUUGUGAAUUAAUUCAUUUCUAUCUAAAGGCCCUGGAUGUAGUGGCAUCAAAGCUGGUAGUGCUGGAGAGAUUGUGUAAUUGAUGUAAUGUGUGUUGAAGUGGGCAAAGCUGAUUGCUGGAGUGUUCAAGUGAUUUCAGAAUAAUUACGCAAGAUACUCCACAAUGGUUUCUCCUUCUAGGAACCUCUAUUAGUUUUUGUGUUCCUGUAAUUCAGAUCCUAUCUGAAGAGUGGCAAUUUCUGAUACUGCCCAAACCCAGGUAUUACCAUAACCUGGACAUUAUGACUGGGGCUCUUUUAUGUUCUUUGUUUUUCCAAGUUGCUGAAUGUGGCAGCAGUGUUUUUAAAAUAACUGCAACUUCUUCACAGCCAGUUGCAUUGACAGAGGUGCAGUAUGUUGUACAGCACACCUCUCAUCCGGCUUAUUUAUAAAGAAAUAAUAGCAAUGGCGUUUCAAUAUUUCUGAAGGAUUUGUGCAGUUUCACCCAAGCCACCUUGUAUGAUGGAGUUUAAUUUUUUUUAAUUGAAUGAACCAUUUGAUGACAUUACUGAGAAAUAUAGUGGUUUAUUUGCUCAACAAUUUGUUUAAAGCUGCCUUUUCUUGCUUUUAUAUAUAGAUAUAUAAAAAGGUUGGUUCAGUCCUAUUUUUUAUUUUGCUCGAAUCCGGAAAUCUGUCCUAGAGCCAAGUUGUCCCUCCGAAUACUGUUUGGAGAAUCUGCAGGGUGUGGGUUCGUUUCCACAUUUGUUUGAAGGUAGAGUGGUGAUGUGAUGUGCUACUGUUAACACAUGUCUUCACAAGGCUGAGAUCAAACCAGGCAAAUGCCACACUGCUACUUGGGCUGCCAAGUUGCACCACAGAAACUAAAUGUGUGACUUGUAACCUUGGCGGGGAGAUCCAUAUGUGUGGCUUUGAAAUUAUAUUCUGUGGCAUCUUGUAAUAUUGAAGGUCCGGGAUCUACUUUACAAAGUGUUAUUCCAGGUUUGGAACCCCAAGACAUUCUGGCACUCCCAUCCCAGCACAGCGUCAGACUGGUUGAUGACAGUCUGUCUCACCGUGGAGUUAAGGGCAGGACAAUCUAACAGUCAUCCUUGCCCUGCAGCAAAUGUGUUCUGUGAGCUGAGCACCCACCAACACUGGUACCAAGGUCCUGGGAGAAUGUGCUCUCAACCGAACCGAGCACCACAAUGAGAGGCGUGAACAGAAGAAUUUCAUUGUAGGCAGCCCAAGAGGAAUAUAUGGAAAUGUAGUUUGGUACCACAGAUACUGUCAUCAGCAUCUGCUGCAAAACUGGAAAAUAUGUGCACCUAGUAGCUGUAGAAGUUACCGUGGACAUGUCGGGGAACCCCAGCCUAUUCUGACUCCACUUGUAAUGGUAUUAAUUGUACUAUCUGUGUUGAUUAAAGGGUGGCUAUUAGUUCCAGACUAUCCAUAGUUUUAACAAUGUCCACAAGUACCCAUUUAGAGACAGCCCCCAGGACCUUGCACAUCCAUUGUCUCGGGGAAGCACAGUUUGCAACAAACUCCCAGAUCCUUGUGACCAAUUGCCAAAAACAAGAGGAGCAGAACAGUGCAGAGGAGCAGGUGGAACUGGAGCAGUUAACAGCAGCCUGGAACACUGUCAGCUCGCCAUGAGGUGACAGUGACUGCACCCAGCAUUUCAUUGUCUGUAGAAUUGGUCGUGUUCAUCCAUUUGGUCUCUGUGUGUUUGAAUCCAGUGGAUAUUUGGCUGCUGCGAGCUGAUCUCUUUCCAUCUCUUCCUGUGCUUGUAAAUGAAGUAGCAAAAUGACAUUAAAAUAUAUGAGAUUGUGAAGAGAGCAGCUUGUGUAUUUAUUGCUGCGAGACUCCUGUAUUUGUCAGCACUGAAGUUGCUCAAAAGUUGAAUCAUUUGUUGAGGAAUCAGGAAAGUGGCCCCAUCCCCAGCACUGUCCAAUCUCAAUAAUGUGCCUUAAUGACAAAUGUGGUCCAAUCCUCACAACAAUAACCUGGAGAAGCAAUUACCACCUACCUGAAAAUUAUCAGAGUCCUAAUUUGCAAUAGAAAUUAGGCUCUGAUGGUUAAAAUAGAAGUUUGUAAGUAAUUAAUUGAAAGCCAACUAACUGAUUUGUAUAUUAUUCUAUCUGGUGGUAUGAACGUGGUGCAAUAUUGUAUACAAACUGGAUUGGGAUCUCUUCUGUGGCUGGUAUUUGCAACCCCAAAACAAUCAAAUGCAAUAUUAGUGCCAUUUAAUAUCCUCGUGCUUCAAGUGUGGGCUUACUUGAAACACCUGCUAGUUACGCAUUGUUUGGAAUUGUAUAUUCUAUGUCAAUAUGUGCCAGAAUACCCGAUGAGCAUUGAAGUUAGGAAACUGGACGGUUCGAUGGAUCAAUUCUCUGUCCUUCACCUCUUGUUGUAUUCAAAUGUAGCCCAAAUGAUGGGAUGCAUUUUCCCUCUGUUAAAGCAAUUUGUGUGAAGCAAGACUGAACCCAGUUCCAAAUGAAUGUGGAACCACAGCUGCCCAUUGAAUUGCCCAAGAAAUGGCUUAACAAAAGGAUAUCAGACUCAGCGAUGACCAUAGAUCAAGCUUAAUAUCUGGUCAGGAAUUCUAAAAUGUUAUACCAUUCCAGGAAUAGUGUUGACAGAAAUACUACUGAUCAAUUAGAUGCAGAAAGGCACAUGUUGAGAUUUGGCUGUGCUGUUAUUUAUCCCAAAUCGAGCAUUGUUUUCUUAAGUCCAGUUUAAAGGAUCUAUAAUUUCCUUAUGAGUUUGAUUCUGCCUUACACUGCGGAAACCAAGAAAUGAGUUGACUGAGUUGAAGCUUUCCUCUGCACACUGUCACCUGAACUAUUGAACUGUAUGAAAGAUACAUAUGGCUCCUGGACCAUUUGAUUGUUUACUUUUUUUAAAUUGGUGUAUAAUCAUAAGCCUUGCAGACAUUUCAUGUGUAUAUAUAAAAACAAAUUCAAUGUUAAAAUGGAAAGGCCUAUGUACUUAUCCCUGAUUCUCGAUGCAUUUGGUAGGUAGAGAUUAACUGAAUAAUAAACGCUGUGUAUUCUU